UUUAGGGUUAGUCAAUUCUUGCGGAGGAGAAAUGGCGACGACGCUGGUGUCGGCGGCGUCGGCAGCGGCGUCGGCGCUGCCACUUGCGUCUCGAAAUGUGGCGGCGCCGUCCACUUCGAUGCCGUCGCUGGUGUGGGUGUGCGCUCCAGGAAGAGGCUUGUUUUGUCCCUGCUCGAGAUGGAAAUCCGGGCCGCCUCGGGCUUCCAGAUCACGGUGUGAAAUUCGGUCUAUGGCACCCGACGAAGAGAAAAUGACAAAGAGGUCGCCUCUAGAUUUCCCAAUUGAAUGGGAUCGACCAGCUCCUGGCCGGAGACCCGAUAUCUUCCCGCAAUUCAGUCCCAUGAAAGCUCCAUUGCCACCGCCGCUACCUUGCGAUCCUCCGGAGGAAGACGAGGACGAGGAAGAAGAGAAAGAGGAGGAAGAAGAAGAAGAGAAGAAGGAGAAGCCCGAGAAAGAGCCCGAGAAACCAAAGGAAUAGAAGAGAGAAUACGCCAUUUUGUAUCAAAUAAUAUACCAUACUAUAAAUUAGGGUUCUUGAGGUUUUGGUUA